UAAAAGAUACAUUGUCAGAUUAAGGGAAUGAAAAGCUUGGAACAUAAUUGCUAGAAUUGUUGUACAACAUCGUUAUAUCAAGAAGAUACCUUUUGUCUCCAACCUUCGCUUGAAAUCACUGCGCGUAGUGACAAGCGGAAUGAUGGAAAAAAAAGAGAAUAAUGAAAAAUGUGCGCGUAGAAAAUCGGACGAUACGUAUAAUUUUAUUCUCUGCAAAACGUGACAAUUAAAUGCGCCACUUGUAGCGUAUUACAUAAUACAUUUCUUGAACGGAGAUUCUUGUUUAAGAAUUAUUCAACGAGGCGCGUUGCGCGAGCAAAUUUAAUGAAAUUGUGAAGUGCGAACCAGUGACUGUGCAAUUUAAUUAAACGCGCGCGAUAUUCCGUACUACGGGGAGAAGAAAGGAAGAGCUUUUAUCGAACAACAAUGUUGCUUAUCACGCGUGAUUCGAGUGCGUGGAAUACUGUCGUGUUCGUGUCGACAAUUUUAAUGAGUCUUCGUCAAACAGGCAUUCUCAUUCAAUAGGUUUUAUCAGCGUAAGGUAUACGUUAUACGAGAGGAAAAAGUUGGGAAUGGGACAUCGGACAAUGAUUUUGCCGAUCGCAUACCCGUGAUUCGAGCGUUCAGUGAAACUCUAUAGCCCACACUGGCCUGGUCUGUAUCAACAACGUCACACCUACGAGCCUGGAGAAUGGCCAAUAUUAUUGCGACGUGCAUCACGCGCUAAUGCACAUCGCACCCGAUCGCGUUCAGCAGUUUCUGAAGCAACGAAGAGAAUCGUCACAGGGAACUUCCUUUGUACGUUAAUGUGAUCUCGUCAGUGCAACCAUGUUCACCGUAUUUCAAGAACUAUCGAGCAGAGUCUCGAGAUAUCAUCAGAUAUCGAGGACGGUUGGCGAUUUAUCACCGCGACUCCGAAGAUCGGCAUCGCCCACGAAUUGGACGAUCUACGAUUACCAAAAUCAUAGCUUCGAGACGAUUUUCGAGAUGGACGAGGAACUGGAUGGGAUCUGCACCAAGCUAUACUUUCUCUUGGACUUUUGUCAUCUCUAUUAUAUACCGUCCAUCAUUCUGUUGGGCUUGGUGGGCAACUUGUUGUCGUGCGUGGUCUUUCUCAAAACGCAUCUGAAGCUGCGAAGCUCUAGCUACUAUCUGGCCGCGUUGGCUACCGCCGAUUUCGGCUUUCUCAUGUCCCUGCUCCUAGUGUGGCUUAACAGCACGGUAGGCUGGAGGGUCUUCAACAACGACGGCUGGUGCGAAACAUUGGUGUACAUCAGUGCGGUUUGUAGCUCGCUCAGCGUUUGGCUAAUCGUUGCCUUUACCGUCGAGAGAUUCAUCGCUGUUCAAUAUCCGCUUCAUCGGCCGCAUAUGUGCACCGUGGCACGCGCAAAAACGAUCAUAUUGGUGUUGACAUUCUUUGCUUUGGCCAGCCAUUCGUACUGCUUCGUCACCGCUGGGGUGAUAAGGAACCAGUACGGCGACGAGAUGUGCGAUUUGAGGAUCGAGUAUCUGGAAAUCAUGAGAAUUAUCAGCAUUAUUGACAGCAUAGCGAGCUUAAUCGUGCCACUUGUGCUCAUCAUCGUGAUGAAUAUCAUGAUCAUGAGAAAUCUCCUCGAGUUUGGCAGGCGAUUCAACCAAGAGCAGCCCGGUACCGCUAAUUGCGUCAACAGGGAGAAGGCCGAUAUCAAUCUCAAUCGAAUCCCGAGUGGCAACAGCAGCAAUAAUGGUGCCGGUUAUAUAAACAUGGUUUCGCUCGUGGGUGCAAAUGGAACGCGGAGACCACCCUCCCAGCAAUUAUCCUUCCAUUCUUCUAAUAGUAAGAAUCAUUCUCGGCAUCAAUCUGCAUCUGUCCCGCCGUCAACACCACGAAACGCCUAUCAAAUGACCGAAAUUGAAGCUCCGUGUAUGCACGUAAUGUCAUCUUCUCGGAAUCUCGGAUCGACCAGAUUUAAUCAAGAAAGCAUCACUAAAAUGCUUGUACUUAUUAGCACUGUCUUUAUAUUACUUAAUUUACCGAGCUACGUGAUUCGAUUAUGCGUAUUCUUCUUUACCCUGGCGAGGAAGGAUACACCUGAGACACUUUGGUGUUUGCAGCAGUUCUUCAUGCUGCUCUACUACACGAAUUUCAGUAUCAAUUUUCUGCUGUACGCCAUGUGCGGCAUUACGUUUCGCCGUUGCCUGGAGCAGAUACUACGCAGGAUCAUGAAGAGCAUGACACUGUAUCAUUGCAAUUCACAGAGGGAACCAAUUAGUCCGUGAAAUGUCCACGCUCCCUUGGAUCACAUUGUUAAUCUACUGUCUGUUUCCAACUGAGACUUUGGCCAAGAUCGUGGCGGCUUUUGGGGUAAGCGGGUCCAAGUCCAAGAUGAUCCUGUUUGCGAAAUUGCCUUGAAAAAACAUCGCGUUCGCACAAUGCAAUCUUUCACGAAAUAAGUGAUGCAAACAUUGUGUUUCGUGUCGAUGAUGAGACGAUCAAUUCAACACAAGAUUCGCGAGAAAAUGAGAAACUGUCAGUGUGAAUUCGAG